AUGGUACGAAGUUGGUAUAUGGAUGAUCGAACAGAAGAUCCACAGGAAGAACAUUUAUUAGAUGAAAUUGAUACUACAACAUUAUGUGCUCGUACAGGUGUUGAAAUAUGGUAUUUUCAUCCGGAUCAAAUUCUUGUUAAUAACGAAAAUCCAUCAUUGAUUAAAUUAAAACAUGAUAGAGGGUAUACGUAUGAAGAUGAAAUAAAAAUUGAACCUGGUAUGGAAAAUUAUGAAGAAAAAUUAAAAAUUUUCUUUGCGGAACAUCUUCAUUCUGAUGAAGAAAUUCGUCUUGUCCAAGAAGGUUCCGGUUUUUUUGAUGUACGAGAUCAUAACGAUAAAUGGAUUAGAAUUCAUGUGUUUCCAGGUGAUUUAAUUAUUUUACCCACUGGAAUUUAUCAUCGAUUUAUUCCUGACAAGCAUAAUUAUAUUCGAGCUAGACGUUUUUUUGUUGGUGAACCUGUUUGGACUCCAAUCAAUCGACCUGAAGGUGACCUACAUCCUUCUCGUCAAAUUUAUGCUGAACAUCUUUAUCGUAAUAGUACAAUCGAUACAAACAAGAAUGUUACUGAUGUGAUCUCUUAA